AUGUGGCUUCUGGUGCUGCCGGGGGUCAUUCUGGUGGUCGUUUAUAGCAUUGUUUAUGGGUCAAAGUCACGAGGAUCUGGUCGUUUUAUCUGGCAUUACAUUUCGAGGUACGGAGGCUAUCUUGUUCCUAUAGGUUAUAUCGGUUUGAUGGGGUAUUUCUUUUACGAAUUUCACAGGCACUGUCUGCCGCUGCUGCAGUCGGCAACGCACCGGCUAUGGAUCCCGCUGAACUAUCCAAUUCCAAUUGUAACUAUUAUUUGGGGAGUUCUUUCCGACCCUGGGCUAAUUACUCGAGCCAACCAUGCAAAAGUAAUGAGUGUUUACCCGUAUGACCGAAUACUGUUUAUGCCCAUGAAUGAGUGCAGAACAUGUCACUUUGAGAAACCGGCUCGAAGCAGGCACUGCUCUACAUGUAACGGAUGCAUUGCCUUGGCGGAUCACCAUUGCCUGUUCCUUAACCGCUGCAUAGGUGCGAACAACUACAAGCAAUUUAUGGCCUUUCUAUUUACCACCCUGUACAUUUUCAUCUACGGCGGCAUCGUGACGUCUUCGAUUCUGUUGCGGCUGAUUCCCGAUUUGUUGGAGCAAGGACAUCGUGGCCGAGAUUUGUUUAGGUCGAUUCUACGAGUGGGGAGAGGAUACCGUGCCGCUGCCUGUAUGUUGAUUCUGUGCGUUCUGCUCGGAAUCAUUAAUGUUGUUUUCAUUGCCGCUCAGGUCAAAUAUAUUUAUGUUGGUGCAACUACAAACGAGGUCACUAAAUGGGAAGAUGUUAACGAGCUGAUGGACGAGGGCAAGCUGUACAUGUACGAGCUGCCGGCGGAAACGAAACAAAGCAUUGUGUUGCAGCGUCUUAGCGACGGCACAUGGCAUCGAAGCUUGAACAGCCAAGAACAGCAGCUGGUGUCAAAGUAUAAGGCGCCAUUAGUUCAAAUCACGAGUCAUGAGUCGGUGCACAAUAUUUAUGAUGAGGGAUUCCGUCGCAACCUAAAGACGCGGUUGUGUUCUCCUAACUGGAAAUAG